AUGGAGAAAUUAAACAAAGAACAUAUAAUUAGUAUAAAUGCAGGAGGAAAAAUUUACAUGACUACUCUUAAUUUAAUAUCUCGAUACAAAAAUUCGCGUUUAUACGAAAUAGUACAAGAAAAAUUGACCAAUAUGCCUGAUUUAUCAAACGAUAUCAAGAAGAGGGAAAUAUUUAUCGAUCGAAACGGUAAUCGAUUUGAAUAUAUCCUUGACUUUCUAAGAGAUGGGGUUUUAAUAUGCGAAACUGAUAUCACUGUCCUAACUAGGAUUUUAAUCGAAGCUAUUUAUUUUAAAUUAUUUUCUUUAAUGAAAAUAAUAAUAAAAAAAAUUAAUUUAUUAUAUUCAAAUAUGAGUAAUAGUGUAAAUAAAAAUAUUUUUAAAAGAAUUAUAAGUAAAAUAGAAAAAAAUAGAAAAAAGGAAACAAACAAAUUGGUAAAAUUGCCUGGAAUUAUUUCUAAUUAUAAUGAGCUAAAAUAUUUUAAUUUAAAAAAAAAAAAAAAAAAAAGUUAUAUAAGCAUUUUAAAUAAUUCCAAUAUUAUUAACGAAAUUAACCAAGUGGAUAAAGACAUCGAAAAGGUUUUCACCAAACCUGAUAAGAAUGAUUCAACAAAUUUUCAAAAAAAUGAAUCCCCAAAUAAGUUAAAUUGGCAAUCCAUCACAAAUGAAAAAGAACGAAAGAAAACAAAUGCAUAUAAAGAAAGUCAUUAUGGUACAAAUAUAAAUUCUGAAAAAAACAUGAACAGUCAGGAAAAAAUUCCCAACAUUUAUACAAAAAAAGCUUGGAGCGAUGAAGAACAAUUUGGAAACAUAAAAAAUUCAAAAGAUGAAAAGGACACAAAUAGUAACCCUAAGAACAUAAGUAGAUUAAGAAAUAUAAAUGUUAUUAACAACAAAAUUAGUGAAUUGAGUUAUAAUAAUUAUAUAGGGAAUAGUGAUUAUAUAGGAUAUUGCGAUUGCGAAAAUGAGGAUAAUAAUUUCCCGAAUUAUAUAAAUAGUGUACGUAAUAAAAAAUCUACAUAUAAUUAUAAAAAUUAUGAAUAUAAUAAUAUGAAAAACAAUGUCAGAAAUCCCAUUAUGGUAUAUUCAGAAGUUGAUGAUGUUGAAGAAACCUCCAAUUAUCCUAUCAUGCCAAACAUAAAUUUAGGAGAACAAAUUUUUAGUACCACUGUAGAUUUUUAA